AUGGAAUCUGAGCAACCUACCGAAGAAUCCAUUACUAAAAAGGAAGUGGUGCCCAACAAGGAGCGACCAACCCGGCGCAAGCAGCGUCGGUCCGGCCUGAAGAACUUCAGGCGCAUGUUCCAGCGGACGGGAGAACCAAUGCCCGAGGUCCCUGAAGGGGACAAGCCGAAGGCCAAGAUUAGCCGGCAGGCAAAGAGGCGCCUGAACAAGCGCACGAGACGUGCUGCUGCCGCCGCCGCCGCCGCCACUACCCCCGCUGCCACUAUCACCACCGCUGCCGCCGCGCCCUCCCCUCCCACCCCUAACGACAAAAGCCGAGUCAUGGCUAGAUCUCCCCAAUCCAAGAAGGAUGGGGACAAGCCCCUCGACUUCAAGCAGCCCCUCGCCUUCCGCCCUAAGAACAGCACCGCGGUUGCGGAGUCUCCCUCCGAGACUCUGAGCCUCACAUUGAGGCCAAAGAACGACCGUGCCUAA